AUGCGCUGCCAUCAGAACGCUCGGUGGACGGAGGUGCUUCCUACCAUCAUGCUUGGCAUACGCGCAGCCUGGCGGGAGGAUUUAAGAUCCACAGCGGCAGAGCUGGUGUACGGCGAAACACUACGCCUACCUGGCGAAUUUCUAUCGCCCCGACCGAACGAGGCCGAUCAGAACCCAGCCGAGUUCGUAAAAGGGUUGCGAGAGCAUUUUCGUGGCAUUACUCCAGCCUCCGGAAGUAACCACGGCACCCGAAAAGUUUUUAUUUUUAAGGACCUCGCAAGGACAGACCAGGCGUUCGUACGGAACGACACUGUCAGAGGAAUACUCCAGCCACCCUACAAUGGACCAUUCAGAGUCCUCACUCGCGGUCCGAAAACCUUCACCCUUAGCAUCAAGGGCAAACCCGUAACCGUCACCAUAGACAGGUUGAAACCAGCCUACACAGUCACGGACGCAGACGAGCCAACUCCUGACCAACCGGCUAACCAGGAGCAGCAACGGGCCAACCAGGAGCACCAACGGCCACCAUCUACAUCAGCAUCAGGAACAGCACACCACGCAACGCGAUCGGGCAGACGAGUUCGAUUUCCCGACCGACUCCAGGUUUCGUGA